CGCGCUCUGAGCCGGAUAUCCGCUCUCCCGCCCGGACGAGGAGAAACUUCACCACGUGGAAUCGAAAGGAAGAAACUUCUCGAUACAAACAAACAAUAUUCCUAUUUUCUCGAUCGACGACAUUUGAUCGAUUCUGUCGCGAUGUUUCUGCAGUUUUACGAGAACGAGAGCGGAGAGCGAAUCUACACCCUGAAGAAGCUGAAUCCUGACGGACAGCCCACCAGCUCGGCCCACCCGGCCCGGUUCUCCCCAGACGACAAGUUCUCCCGACAUCGAGUGAUUCUCAAGAAACGCUUUGGCCUCCUGCUCACCCAGCAGCCCAGGCAUGUUCUGUAGAGGAGGAGGAGGAAGAGGAAGAAGAAGCGGAGAAACGAUUGAGACCAAGACCAUGAAGUGGAGGGACCGAGGCCCAGAUGGGACUGUGGAGGAAGAUGAGCGGGGUUGUAGCUGCAUUGAUUUCAGCUGUUAUUGAUUUUAAAGAUCUUUUUUAUGUUCUGUGACUUUUCAAUUGUAGGUUUUCUUUAAAAUUCUGUUUUCAUGCUGAAUAAACAGUUUCUUCGUGGA